ACACUAAUGUAGACUUGGAGAAGGAAGAAUUUUGGGAUGUGGAUGCGGAUGAUAUGCGUAUGCUUCGUCGUUUGGAGGUUUGGAGAAACCCCGUCACUGCGGAAAACCCCGAUGACCCGGCACUCUUCAAAACGAUCAAGACGGGUUAUGACCUGUAUGCAGAAGGUCGUACACAGUUCAGGCUUAAUGACAGUAGUGCUACCUGGGAGUCUAGUUCUCCCAGUAUGUCUACUGGCCACAACGCGGUUGGUGGAGCACCUGGUGACUAUACCAAUUUCCUACCGGCUGAGGCGAAGAAACUCGCCGGUAUGGAUUCUUCGACACUCUCGCCCGUCGAUUCUGUGCGACUCACACUCAGCUCGGCCACAGACAUGAACCCUCGACAAAGAGAAAACAUGGUUGCAGCAGUCCAGGGAAUCCUCAGUCGAUCGCAAGGAGGACAGAAAAGACAAGGGGCUUGA